AUGAUGGAACAUGCUGGACUGGGAAAGAGCUACUGGGGUGAAGCAGUGAUGGCGGCGAUGUUUCUUCGAAACCGCUGUCCAACACGUGCCAUCCACCAAGACAAGCCUCCAUAUCAAGUGUGGACGAUGAAGAAACGGAUUCUGGCCAAGCUCAAAGUGUUUGGAUGCCACGCGUAUGUUCAAGUGCCUCAAGGCAAACGCGCGAAGUUCGACUCCAAGUCAUCACUCUGUCGUUUCCUGGGGUACGCCGAACACCAGAAGUCAUAUCGAUUCGAGGAAGUGUCAACAGGAGCGAUCGAGAUCAGUCGCGAUGCCACGUUCAUGGAAGACAAGUUUGAUGAAGGUCCGCGCAACUACAACGAUGAGUCAAGUACCGUUGAGUUUGAUGAUCAAGACGAGAACGAAGAAAAAGAAGAAGGUAAAACUGACGUCGACAUGACUUCGAGCGACGAUGACGACGAAGACACCAGGUCUUCGAAGAGCAACAUCGAGAGACACACGCGCACUCAAUCGCUUGAGAAAGGUACCGUCAUUCCAAGUCCCAAGCGAAGAACUGGGGGAAUGCCGACUACAUUCAAGUCGGCGAUGGAAUCAAGCGACUCCGGCAAGUGGAAAGAAGCGUGUGACUCGGCGUUCGACUCGCUUCAGAGAAACGACACGUGGGAGAUCGUGCCUCUUCCGAAAGUUCGCAAUGCCAUCGGGUGCCGAUGGGUGUUUCGUGUCAAGGAGAAUUAA